AUGCCUCGAGUGCCAUCCUCGCUGCCACUCUUUGCAAAGCUACUCCUUCUCGCCUGUCUCCUCGUAUCGACGGUCGCCGAGUCCAUGACGCUUUCCGACGAUGUCCUCCAGAGCAUUCCUUCGCCCGGCGACGAUUUCGAUAUCAAGAAUGGCAAGCUGCUUGCUCCUAUUCUGAUCCCUCGUGUCCCCGGCACCGAAGGGCAGGUGCGCACUCAAAAGCACUUUGUCGACUUCUUCAAAGAGAACCUUCCUGAAUGGACACUCGAGUGGCAGAAUUCGACCUCCAAGACUCCUGUGACUGGAAACAAGCAGGUUCCCUUCUCCAACCUCAUCUUUCGACGAGACCCCCCAUGGGCGCAGAAGGGGGAUGUCAGUCGACUUACACUGGUCGCGCACUACGAUAGCAAGUACGAGCCGGAGGGAUUCAUCGGCGCAAUCGAUAGCGCUGCACCAUGUGCCAUGCUGAUGCAUGUCGCGAGAAGUAUUGAGGAACCUCUGAAGGCCAAGUGGAACAAGAUGCAGAAGGAUGGCGAUACAGACGAUAGCCUCGAGGAGACACAGGGAAUCCAAAUCAUUUUUCUAGACGGCGAAGAGGCAUUCAAGCACUGGACUGAUGAAGACUCACUUUACGGGGCAAGAUCACUCGCUGCGGAGUGGGAGUCUCAGUUCCACGGCUCUCUAGCAACGUAUAGGACACCUCUCGACUCCAUCAGUCUGUUUGUUCUGCUCGACCUUCUUGGUUCUCCAAACCCCAACAUUCCUUCGUACUUCCUCACCACGCAUUGGGCGUAUAAGGCUAUGGCUAGCCUAGAGGAGCGAAUGCGACAACUCGGCGUUCUCGAGACUAAGCCCAAGGUCAAUUUCAUGCCAGAGAGCGACAAGUCCGCCAAUCGUUUCACACGCAGCUUCAUCGACGACGACCACCGACCCUUUAUGCAGCGCGGUGUAGACAUCCUGCAUCUUAUCCCAACACCAUUCCCUGAUGUCUGGCAUGAGAUGACGGAUGACGGUGAGCACCUUGAUCUGCCAACUGUACGAGACUGGGCGAGGAUCACGACUGCGUUUGUGGUGGAUUGGAUGGGCAUUCAAGACUUUAUGCCCAAAUUGGCAGGGACUAAAGCGAAGAGGAAUGGUGCAGCAGUCACAACGACAUCAAGCAAGAGAACGGAACUUUAG